AUGAAGAAAAAAACAAGGGAAGAAAUAAUAAUAUUCUUAAAAUGGGUGUCAUGUAAAAAAUAUAUAUUUUCAGUUUUUGUGUUUGUAUGUUGCUUUUUAAUGAGCUUCCAUAUAUUUGAACCCAGAAUCGAAAUAAUAGAGUUGAAUUGGCAUGUUAGAUACUAUAGACAUUUAUCCGAAGUAUGUAAUAAUAAUAAUAAUGAUGAGGAAGAAAGGAAUUUAAAGGAUAGGUAUGAUAAAUAUAAUAAAAAGGAAAAAGUGAAGACAAAAUAUGUAGAAGAUAAAUUUAAUACGAAGGAAAAAGUGAAGAAAAAAAAAAAAGAUGAUAAAUAUAGUAAGAAAGAAAAAUCGAAGAAAAAAUAUAUAGAUGAUAAAUUUAAUAAGAAAAAAAAGCAUAAAGAAAAUAAUGUAAGUUCGAAGAAAAAACAAUGCAAAAAAUUUUUAUCAAUAAGAGAAGAUUGUAAUAUUAAAAAUAGUAAAUCUUCUAAUGGAAAGGAAAUAUGUGAUAAUGAAAAUUUUGUUAAUUUAGAAGAUAUAAAAUUAUAUGAUAAAACAACAUGGAAAUAUAAAAUAAAAAAGUUGAUAACAUGUUCAUAUAAUUCAGAUGAAGAUGUAAAGGUUUUAUAUAAUUGGAAAAUAGGAAAAGAUGUUUUAGGUAAAAUGAUAAAUAGUACAGAAGAUUUUAGUAUUAAUGGUAUAAGUUAUAAAGAUUGGACUUUAAAUACAAUACCGGAUAUAGGUUAUUCACAAAACAAUCGUAGAUCGCAAGAAGUAUUUAAAACUGAAGUAAAAUCAAAGGAUAAAAAAACUGCAAGUGUGAAAUUAUUUAUUAAAAAGGUACCUGCGCGCAUUUGGGUUCGACAAUAUAAUAUAUUAAAUGAACAUAAAGGGGAAUAUUCAUUUGGUGAAGAGAAUUUUGUUAUGGAAGCUAUUUCAUUAGCUUUUUUAAAUAAAUAUUAUCCAGGUAUCGCUCCUAAAUUUUAUGGUAUAUUAUAUGAGUCACAUGAUAAACAUAAUGAUAAUGUAUGUUUUUCUUUUGGAAGAGGUAAAUGUAAUAAUUUGAAAAAGUUUAAUGAUAUGCUCACAAAUCAAUUACAAUUUAAUAACAAGGCAAAUAUUAUUAUGAUCUCUGAAUUAUAUGGAGAAGAUAUUUUUAAAUAUGUAAAGAAAAAAAGAAAGGCAGGUUGUUUUGGUAAUAACCUGGAAGAGAAAAAAAAGAUUCUACAUGAAAGUUUAAAAUUAUUAACAAAAUUCCAUGAAACUGGAUUAAGUCAUUUAGAUAUUUCUCCAGAAAAUAUAUUAAUAGGUAAUAAUUGUGAAUUGAAGUUAUGUGAUUUUGCAAAUAGUGCUCCUAUGUAUACUUAUAAUAAUAGACAUGUAGAAGGUGGGAAACGUUUACGAUAUUAUGAAUCUUAUCAACCAUGUAUAUCGAAGGUUCCUUUACUCCCCCCAGAAUGUUGGAAUAUUGUUCAAAUACAUAAGAAAUUAAAAAUCAAUGACCCUUAUGAAUAUCUAAAAUCUAUUACGGAUCAAGAAGAAAGAAAACCUUUCUAUUUCAAUGUAUCUAAUGCUGAUAAAUUUAUGUUAGGGAUAUUUUUUAUUUGGGUAUGGAAUAAUAACUAUAUAUGGGAAAAAGCAGAUUCAUUUAAUGAUAGAAAGUUUAGGAAUUUUGUAAAAUGUGGAAUGGAUCUUUAUAAUUAUGAAUUAACAUAUAACUGGCCGGAUGAUCUCAAGGAUAUAUUAAACCAAUUAUUACCCUUGGAAAAUCGUGAGCAAUUAAGCCUGAAGGAAUUAUGUAAUCAUCCCUGGUGGUCCAACUGA